CCUAGCCGAUGACAAGUCAAUAUAUUUUCAACUCGCAACUGUGGUCACGUCUAAUCGACGAAAUUCGGAUAUUUCGUUUCAAUUUUCACCACACGACAAGAGUAAACAAAAAAAAAAAAAAGACUAUUUAGACUGGGGUCCUUGAAAUAUGGAUCAUUUGCAUUAGUUUCCCAUUCGAUUUUUCUUCAGCUAAUUUUCCCCUCCUAGAAAAGUUUCUCCUGCAUAUGGACAACAUCGCAACAAGACUAUUUUCUCUCUCAAAAUCCUGCGCAAACACAAAAUCGCUGAAACAAAUUCAAUCACUUCAUCAAAAAUCAAUCUCUCUCGGCCUACAGAACAACAUAGCAUUGUCCAAAAACCUCAUCAAUUUAUACUUCUCGUGCGACGCAUAUCAAUCUGCGCACUCAGUUUUCCGAAAUGUAGACAACCCAUUAGACAUCACGUUAUGGAACGGGUUAUUGUCGGCGUACGCAAAGAAUCGAAUGUUUUCUGCGGCUCUGUUGCUCUACGAUAGUUUGCUGCAGUUCCCUUAUUUGAAACCCGACAGCUACACGUAUCCGAGUUUGUUGAAGGCGUGCGGCGGGCUGAAGAGAGUGGACUAUGGGGAAAAGAUUCAUACCCAUUUGAUGAAAGAUGGGUUUCUGUCUGAUAUUGUGAUUGCGAGCUCUUUGAUCGGCGUGUAUGCAAAGUGUGGUCUUUUCGCUUCAGCUGUGAAGGUGUUCGACGAAAUGCCGGAACGAGACUUGGCGUGUUGGAACAAUGUGAUUUCUUGCUACUAUCAAAGUGGGCAGUGGGAGAAGGCCUUGGAGUACUUUGAGAAAAUGGGGAGCGCUGGGCUGAGGCCCGACUCGGUUUCGUAUACAACGUCGGUCUCGUCGUGCGCAAGGCUGCUGGAUUUGGAGAGAGGGAAGAGAAUUCAUGACGAAAUAGUGAGAAACGGGCUUGUGAUGGAUGCUUAUGUUAGCGCUACCCUUGUUGAUCUGUACGGAAAAUGUGGCUGCUUAGAGAGGGCUAAGGAGGUUUUUGACGAAAUCGAGAACAAGAGCUUGGUUUCUUGGAAUUCGAUGAUCGGAGGUUACUGUCAGAUUGGGGACAGCUUGUCGUGCAUUGAACUAUUAGCUAGGAUGAAUAAAGAUAAAGUGGCACCAAGUUCGACAACCAUAAGCACAUUGCUAGUGGCUUGUGCAAAAUCGGCACAAUUGCAUCACGGAAGAUUCGUGCACGGUUACAUCAUAAGAAACAACGUAUUCAGUGACAUCUUCGUCGAAAGUGCCCUAGUCGAUUUCUAUUUCAAGUGUGGGAGUGUUGAAGUAGCUGAAAGGGUCUUCAAAACAAUGCCGAAAUCGAAUGUAGUUUCUUGGAAUGUGGUGAUUUCUGGUUACGUAUCUGCAGGGUGUUACUUUGAAGCACUCGGCAUAUACGACGAAAUGAGAGCAGCGAAUGUAAAACCCGACGCAAUUACCCUUACCAGUACUUUAGCAGCUUGUUCCCAAUUGGCUGCCUUGGAGAGAGGCAGAGAGUUCCACAAGCACGUAAUCGAGGCUAAGUUGAAUUCCAACGAAGUGGUAAUGGGAGCACUUCUCGAUAUGUACGCCAAAUGCGGUGCGGUGAAAGAAGCUGAGGCUGUAUUUAAUCAGCUGCCCACAAAAGAUUUAGUUUCGUGGACUUCAAUGAUGGUUGCCUACGGUUCUCACGGGCAAGCGUUCGAAGCAACGAAACUGUUCGAUGAAAUGCUCCAGAGACAUAUCAGACCGGAUAGAGUCACCUUUCUUGCGGUGAUUUCUGCUUGCAGCCACGCGGGAUUGGUUGAUGAGGGAAGAAAAUACUUCAACUCAAUGGUGAAUGAUUAUAAAAUACGGCCCACCACUGCAGAGUACUCGUGUCUGAUCGAUCUUUUGGGGCGUGCUGGAAAGUUGCACGAAGCACACGAGAUUCUGCAGAGUAAUUCCGAUACUGAAGGGGAUGUUGAAUUGUUGAGCACAUUAUUUUCCGCAUGCAGUUUGCACGGCGAAAUUGAUUUAGGGGAGAGAAUUGCGAAGCUCCUUAUCGAGAAGGUUCCGGAAGCUUCUUCGACUUACGUUGUUCUUGAAAAGAUGUACGCUGCGAACAAGAACUGGGAGGGGGCGCGUGGGGUUCGAUUCAAGAUGAAAGAAAUGGGGUUGAGAAAAAACCCGGGUUGUAGUUGGAUCGAAGUUGAUAAGAGAAUCGAAUCGUUUGUGGCUGGAGACAAGACAUUGGCACAAGCAGAAUCUGUUUAUGGAUGCUUGGCUUCGAUUUACGGCCACAUGGAGAAGGAUGAAAUUGUAGCCUAAAACGUCGAUUUUUACGCAAUUCUUUUUUUAUUUAAUUUUAAUAAUUUUUUUUUUUUU